AUGGCUCGGAGGCCAGUCCAUGGCUUGGCGUCUCUUCUUGUCCUCCUCUUGUGCCAUGAGGGAGGAAGCGAACUGCAGGGAGCAGCCGAGGACGCGGCCGGCGUCGUGACAAAAAGGCUGGAGCGCGACGUGACGUCGCCCCUGGCCACGGUCCCGGUGGUGAACCCGACGGCGACGCCCGUGGAGAUGCCCACCGCGACGCCGGCGGCGCCGUCGCUGGCCACUGGCGCUGGUGGCGGGAGCUGGUGCGUGGCGAGCCCCAGCGCGAGCGCGACGGCGCUGCAGGUGGCGCUGGACUACGCGUGCGGGCAGGGCGGCGCCGACUGCUCCGUCAUCCAGCAGGGCGGGAGCUGCUUCAGCCCGGACACCGUUCGCGACCACGCGUCCUACGCCUUCAACAGCUACUACCAGAAGAACCCCGUGCAGACCAGCUGCGACUUCGCCGGCACCGCCGUCCUCACCACCGCCAACCCAAGUACUUCAACGUGUCUGUAUCCAGCAACGAGCACCGGUGGUUCGGUCCUGAACACGUCGACUCCGCUGACGCCAACGUACGGGUCUCCCCCCGGGUACGGGAGCUCUCCACCGGCCGGAUACGGCAACUCCCCUCCUCUGUACGGGAACAUGUCGCCGCCGGACUACGGCGACAACAUCAGCGCCGCCGUGAGGGCACUGCCCGGGCGCAGGGCGACGACGGCCGUCGUGUCUUUGGCGACAACGUGCCUCCUGACCGCAGCACUGUCACUGACGGUGAGCGGCUGA